GAGAGCUGGAGGGAGGGCCCGGGGAGGAGCCGGACGCACCGGGGCGGGGCCCAGGCCUCGUGGCCCCGCCUUCCAGUGGGCGGGGCGGAACGAGCCAUGCGCACGUGAUGCAGACUGCGCCUGCGUCGCGGUCCCCACGCCUUUGCUGAGUUCCGGGACCGGUCUGUGCACUGAGCCUUGAGAUGCAUCCGCCUCAUCUAAAUCAAGUGCAGAAGACCCCUGCUCUGGGUGGAGGCGGGUAACCUCCAUACUCGCUCCCGGGCUGGAGGAGAUCCGGUGCCCCUCUGCGGAUAGGGGCAGUCCUAGACUGUCUCACGGAACAAGAGCUGCAGCCUCUGCCACCGUGCCAAUUCUUCCAGAAGAAGCUUAGCUUGCUCUCGAAGUAGCUCUUGAAGGUGUUUACUGGAUUGUGCAGUUAUCGCCCAUUCGUGGAACAGUUGACAAGGUAGCCUUCAUGGCUGUGCCACAUCAUUCACAGGAGACUUCCUAUCUGCUGCCUCCAGAUCCAGAGGAUUGGGAGAAACAAGGCAUCCCGGACUUUGUCUAUGGCCAGGAGGAUCUCGUCGGCAAGGAAAUUCAGUGGCCCAGGGAUUCACCUAGUGCCGUGGACACAGUACCACUAUCCCGUUUCGACUCUGCUCUCCGCUCUGCAUGGAGGCAGCGGCUAGAACUGGGCCUGUUUCGAUACCGCCUAGAAGAUCUGCAGACCCAAAUCCUCCCCGGUUCCGUGGGGUUUGUAGCUCAGCUGAAUAUAGAGCGAGGGAUACAGAGGAGGCGCCCCCAGAAUAUCAGAAGUGUGAGGCAGGAGUUUGACCCAGAACAGUUUAACUUCAAUAAAAUUCGACCUGGAGAAGUCCUUUUCCGGAUGCAAAGGGAACCUAAAGGCCCAGCCACUCCAAAGCAAGAGGACGAUGUCCUUGUAGUGAUCAAUGUCAGCCCCCUGGAGUGGGGCCAUGUGCUGCUGGUGCCUGCACCGGCUAGUGGACUUCCCCAACGGCUGAUGCCUGGAGUGCUGCGGGUGGGGCUAGAAGCUGUCCUACUGAGCUUGCACCCAGGCUUCAGGGUCGGCUUCAACAGCCUGGGAGGCCUGGCCUCUGUGAACCAUCUUCACCUGCACUGCUACUACCUGGCCCACCCACUGCCUGUGGAGGGAGCGCCAAGCACACCCCUAGACCCCAAAGGCUGUAUACAUCUGCUGCAGACCCUGCCCGCUCCUGGCUUUCUCUUUUACACCAGUGGGCCAGGGCCGGCUUUGGAAGCGUUAAUUAGCAGGGUAUGCCGAGCUACUGACUACCUGAGUGACCAUGAGAUUGCACAUAACUUAUUUGUGACCCGGGGAGCUCCCCCCGGGCCAACAUCAUCUACCUCAGACCUCAGUGGGAUCCGAGUCAUUCUGUGGGCCCGGAAGUCCAGCUUUGGAAUAAAGGAAAGUGGGGCGUUUAAUGUUGCCCUCUGUGAGCUGGCUGGUCACCUCCCUGUCAAAACAUCACAGGACUUCAGCAGCUUGACAGAGGCAGCUGCAGUGGCCCUCAUUCAGGAUUGUCUGCUGCCCGAAACUCAGGCAGGUGAGGUACGGGCAGCACUGGUGGCCCUGAUGGCCCAGGAAGAGCCGUGAUUCUUCAGGAGUGUUUUCUUUGCUGACUAAUUCGAGGCCCUUUCCCAAAGGCCAAUGUGAAGUCAGUCCAUUUGUGCAUUUCAUGUCAUGACCUUCCCACCUCCCCACAUAAGGACUGCAGAGAGAGCACUGAGAGAAUGUGUUCUCAUGAAUGUUUCUGCUGCCUCUUACCUGAGAAGCCCCAGGGUAACAAGCCCUGCCAUGAAGGGCCAGAUCCGACCAUUUCAGAGGGAGGAGUGCUUGCUGCCAAGUCUGUUGAUCAGAGUUCAACCUCCAGAACCCAUAGGGUAAAGGCUGUCUUCUGACUUUCACAUGUGCACCAUGAUACAUUCUCUCUC